UUACGUCCGAGUUCGACGACGACGACGACGCGACUCUGACACGGAGUGGAGUGCUAACCGAGCACGCCCAUUUUUACGCCGCGUCUCCUGUGGCAACCGUCCAUAUCCGUACCAAAACAACCCUUACCUCAGCCCAAAAACAAAUAAAUCUGGCACACGCCCUACGACUGUAUCAGAUGCUAAUUACCCCGAAGUUUACACUGAGGAUAAACCAAAAUGGGGCGUCUUAUACUGUGCUCAAUUGCACCCCUGGCACUGACUAUUCUACAGGUGUCUGCGCUGAUCACAAUACCGGAUGGUACAACAGUACAAUCACCGCCAAGAAUGGUCAAACAGCCACCAACAGAUGAGCUGCUCUUUCAAGUCGCAGUCGCAAAGUUCAAUGAAAACGACAGACCGUUUAUUAUAGAAUGUGAAGCUACAGGAGAACCCGAGCCCAGAUAUCGUUGGGAGAAAAACGGUAAACGUUUUGAGUGGCAAGCGUACGACAAUCGAAUUUCACAGCAGAAUGGUAGAGGAACUUUGGUAAUAUCGUCUCCACGAGAUGAGGACUUGGGCCAGUACCAAUGUAUGGCAGAGAACGAGUGGGGAACUGCGAUCUCUAAUUCGGUAUUUGUGCGGAAAGCAGAGCUAAACUCAUUCAAGGACGGACCGCCAAGGACACAAAGUGCAAACGAAGGAGAUCCCAUUAAAUUGACUUGCCAACCUCCAGAUGGGUGGCCAAAACCAAAAGUCGAUUGGCUUAUACAGUAUACGAGCAGUGGAAUAAAGUCUAUCAACAACUCCAGAAUGACUCUGGACCCUGAGGGAAAUCUGUGGUUCAGUAAUGUGACUAGAAAUGAUGCUUCGGAUGACUUUUAUUACACUUGUGCAGCUACCUCUGUCUUUAAGAACGAAUACAAACUGGGUGAUCGUAUUUUGCUCAAUGUUUUGUCAAGCGGGGCAUCAUCAAACAACAAUAAACACGAACCUGUAAAGCAAUAUGUUUCGAGGAAGAACGAAGUCGCUUUGCUAGGCAAAAAAAUUGUAAUGUACUGCAUAUAUGGUGGUACACCUCUACCACAAACAGUGUGGAAUAAAGACGGUCAAGUACUGCAAGCAAACGGCCGAAUAACGCAAGGGAAUUAUGGAAAGUCAUUAAUCAUAAAACAUGUGAGCUUUGCGGACGCGGGAACAUAUACUUGCGACGUAUCCAACGGAGUAGGCGACGCGAAAUCAUAUUCAAUAAAUCUCAAAGUCGAAGCUAUCCCCUAUUUCACUCAUGAGCCAGAGAUUGAAAAUAAGGCGGAAGGUGAGACAGCAAUCUUCAGGUGCGAAGCUAGUGGUGUUCCCAAGCCUCAGAUCAAGUGGAUCCACAACGGAAAGCCUAUUGAGGAGGCACCGCCUAAUCCAAGGAGAAAAGUAACUGACAAUAUGAUCAUCAUUGAGAAAUUGGUCAAGAAGGACACUGGAAACUAUGGGUGCAACGCGACAAACUCACUGGGUUACGUUUACAAAGACGUUUAUGUCAAUGUCCUUGCUAUAGCACCACAAAUUACCCAGCCACCGUUUAAUGAGGCGACCGUCGAUGGGAAAACUAUUCGAAUUACGUGCCGUGUUUUUGGUGCUCCUAAGCCUGAAGUUAAAUGGAUCAGAAACGGCAUAGAACUCACUGGAGGUAGAUACAUAACACUGGAAUCUGGAGACCUCGAAAUAGAUAAUGUUAACUUCCUUGAUGCUGGGACUUAUACAUGUUACGCAUCCAACAAAUUUGGCCAUGACAAAGCCUCUGGUAAUCUUGUUGUGAAAGAACACACGACCAUCACUGAUGAACCUGAAGAUUACGAAGUCGCUGCCGGAUCUACAGCAACAUUCAGAUGUAACGCUGUGACAGAUUCAAGUUUGACACUGACCAUUGACUGGCUGAGAAAUGGAGAGGAGCUAGAUUUCGACAAGGAGCAAAGGUUUAUUAGGAGCACCGAUUAUUCAUUGACUAUUACAAAGACGACAGAAUUAGAUUCUGCAAUAUACACGUGUGUUGCUCGCACAGAGCUAGAUGAAACAAAAGCUCAAGCAACAUUGACAGUUCAAGAUGUGCCAAACGCACCUCGUUUAGAGGGAGUACAGUGCAGAAAAGACGAAGCCAAUGUCCAUUGGGUCCCUAUGGGUGACAACAGAACUCCCAUCCUGCGAUACACCAUCCAAUCCAACACCAGUUUUACACCUGAUACAUGGGAGGUUGCUAAGGACGAUGUUCCGGCCACAGAGCAAACCCACGUCGUCCCAAUGACGCCGUGGGCGAAUUACACAUUCCGUGUUUUAGCAUGGAAUAAAAUAGGGGUGUCGUUACCAUCAUCACGAAGCGAGGUUUGCACCACUCAGCCAGAUGUACCUUAUAAGAAUCCAGACAAUGUUGAAGGCAAGGGAACGGACCCGCAGAACAUUGUCAUUACGUGGACCGUGAUGCCUCAGAUAGAGCACAAUGCGCCAAAGUUCAUGUACCGAGUGUUCUAUAAGCGCGAUAUAACGGGUGAAGAAUGGACAACUGAAGAUGUAUUAGACUGGAAAGUACACCGGCUUCAGAUCGAUAAUCAGCCAACCUAUCAGCGAUAUAAGAUCAAAGUCGUGGCUAUUAAUGAGGAAGGAGAGUGUAGACAACAGCCAACUGAGGUCAUAGGCUACUCAGGCGAAGACGUACCACAGCAAGCACCUGGGAACUUUACCUUGGUUAAAAUAAAGGGAAGUACGAGUGCUAUUCUUUCCUGGAACGCUGUUUCUGACGAGUCCAUUAGGGGAGAGUUCAAAGGAUAUAAAAUUCAAACAUGGACCGACAGAGAUGGCGAAGAAGGGAUGCGCGAAAUUCAUGUAAAGAAUGAUACAACCAAGACUCUCGUUUCCAAAUUUGUUCCAUACAGCAAAAACUACGUUAGGAUUCUUGCGUAUAAUGGCAGAUACAAUGGUCCGUCUUCAGAGAUACUGAACUUUGACACACCUGAAGGACUUCCAGGCACGGUUCAGGCUUUGGAUGGCUUUCCUUUGGGAUCUAGUGCAUUAUAUUUGGUCUGGAAAAAACCAGAAAGACCUAACGGCAUUCUCAUUGGAUAUAAAAUUUACUAUCAUGUUGUUGACGGUACAAGCGUUGGGCCUUUGUUAGAGAGAAAACCACACGUUACAAACCCAGAAGUGACCAGAGUCAAACUGGCUGGAUUAGAACCAAAUACUAAGUACAGGAUUCACAUUCGGGCCAUUACCAAGGCUGGGGAGGGUGAAGACUAUUACAUAGAGCGUACGACGGGUAGUGCACUGCGAUCUGCUCCAGAGGUGCCACACUUCACAUGGGACCGUAUACCCACAGACAACGGGCUUGCAACCAUUAGAGUUACUUGGCUUCCAAGUCGAGAAGGAAAUCCAGGCAGUCACUUCUAUGUUAAAUACAAGCUCAAGGGAGAGACUAUUGAUGCCAGAACGCUGGACGAAAUCAACAGCGACAGCACAGAGAUACGAGGCCUUUUGAGAGAAAAAGUUUAUGUUAUGUCUGUUGUCGCCAUGGAUGGAGAUUUCUGGGCAGAAAGUUUGCCACAGGAAGUUGAUACCAGCGGAGAAGGUCCGUAUAUUCAACCCAACGAAACCGUUGCCACUGCCGGAUGGUUCAUAGGAAUGAUGCUGGCUAUUGCAUUCCUAUUGCUACUGCUGAUAAUCGUGUGUGUAAUAAAACGUAAUCGAGGUGGAAAAUAUGCCGUACACGAGAGAGAACUGGCGGCAGGUCGUGGCGAUUAUCCCGAAGAGGGUGGCGGUUUUCAUGAAUAUUCACAGCCCCUAGAUACUAAGUCUGCAGGAGGUCGUGCCUCGCUCGCUUCUUCCUCGCACCAGGACGGAAAACAUCCGGAGUCUGACACCGACUCGAUGGCCGAAUACGGAGAAGGAGAUACGGGGCGUUUCACCGAAGAUGGAUCAUUCAUUGGUCAAUAUGGACCAAAGGGUAGGCCUGAAGAAACACCCCCCAUCCCAACAGGCACCAUGGCCACGUAUGUCUAACCUUUUGCAGCUAUCUAUUCCAUGUAAUAUUUAAACUUCAUCCCAACAAAGGCUGAGGAACUACGGGUUACGUUUCGUUCUUAGCUGGCAGCAUUGACAGAAGUUUUGUACUUCUCUUGAUAUACUUAAUUGUUGGUCAGCUCUGUCUUACUCUCAGGGGAUUCUCAGCACUGGUAGCUAAUUACGGAAUACACCCUAUGUUUUUGCCUCUUCAGCAGCAGCUAUGCACCUUGCGCUGGGCGCAAUGUCCACACUAUACUGCCAGUUAGUUACUUUGUCAUCUUUGGGUUUCAUUAUUCAUCCAGCCGAAAUGACCUGUCCAGAAAACAAACAAGAAAAAUGCUUUGCUUUGAGCAUUCCAUACGUUUAUUUCAUUCGUUGAAUUUUUUCAUUCUCCUGUUUCUUUCAACCAAGAGAAUGUCACCCAUUCCUCUUACCCCCAUUAUUCAAACGAACAAAAAAAUCAAAAGGGUCAAUAUCUCUGAUCGAAUAUGAAACCCAAAGAUAUUCAGAUGUUGAAUAGCGAGCAAGUUAUUGAUGGAAAUAGUUCUAGAUACUAUUUUAGCAUUGACACCAAUAUUUGACAGGGUCAGAUUGGACACUGAAAAGUAACAAAGUUACUUGUCUUUUAUUACUGUUAUUUGUCAAGAUGAUUUUACCGAGACUGCAUCCAAUCCAUCAAGGGUUCUUCCUCUAUUCCAGUUGUUAUUUCACAUUACAAUUACAUUUCACUGGUAAUUACAAACCUUCUGAAAAGAUUCAAGAUUCACACAAUUUUAUAACCAACAAUCUAACAUCAAAUGGUUUUAUGCAAGAUGAUGAAAAAACAAUCACCCGCUAACACAAAUAAUAAAGUCAGCCGUGUUAAACGUUAUCUCGAGCAAAUCAUAGAUGUAAUAUCAUAUGUUGGGUUGGGCAGUGAGAUCUGAAAAAGAAGUGUUACAAUCUGGCCUCGACUGAAUCUAAUUUUAAUUUUGAAUCUCACGUACCCAAAUCUCAUAGUACUUCUUCCGGGACUUUGUGCCCUUGCUUUCAUGUCCGGCACAAGUAAAAAAAUGUAUAGGGUAUCCGUCAUCCGACGAUGUUCUCUAUUAAUAGGAAUGAUAAUUAUUACAACUAUAAUGAUAAUUAGUUCUGCAAGACGCUUUAUUUAAUUUUUUAUAUCUGAUGACCGUUGGUCAAACUUUUCUAACUAUAUAUUACUUAUUAUAAAUGUCGUAAUGCCACGCGAUAAAAAGUGACAUGAGAAAACAGGUGAAUUUGAAUGAAAACAAUUAUUAAUAUUCUCAAAAGAUAUUAAUUAUGGACAUGAUAUUAAUAUAUAUUAUAUAAUUGUAAUAAAUAACCUAUACGAUAGUUGAAUAAGAACAAAUGGCCUCUACUAUAAUAAUUGCUUUUUCUAUGUAAAGCACGCUUUCGCUGAAACGAACGACAAGAGAAAUUCACGUUUUUCAAACGAAUAUUUUUCAUUCAUGUUCUGUACACUUAGCUCUAUGAUAUUAUAGUAUAAUGGCUUUAGAAUGACGACGAUUAUGAUUAUAUGUUAUUAUUUAAUAUAUAUUGAAAUGAAAAAAGUAUAUAGAGACAUUAUAUAUUAAUUAUUACUAAAAAAAAAAUGAAAGAAUAACGUUAGGACGUUAAAAUACAGGAAGCGGUCAAUCAA